AUGACAGUUUUUGCGAGUUGUAACAAUAACCCAGCUGUUGACAACAAUGGUGCUUGUGUUAUCGAAAGAGAACAAAGAGAAUUUGAGUGGGUCCUGAACAUAGAGGUUCAUGCAGUGUUGAAUCAGCUUCACACAAUUUUAGUGGAAUGUGCUCGUCGAUUUCCCCUGAACCUUUGCGGAAAUGAGGAGCAACACCACAAGGAGGAGAAGUAUAUCUUGUCAAUCGCACCAGAUCAGCUCAAGUGCGUGGUGUCAUUGUCCGGAGAUACGAUUACUCAGGCCGUAAGUUUUUCUCUGAUACUUUGCGAGAUGAGUAAGCAAACAAAAGAGUCCAAUGCAGCCAACCAUCUACAGAUGGCUCUCAUGCACAUUGAAAAUAUUGAUUAAGGACAUGCUUUCAACUCAUCCGAGGAGGUCCUGCACCAUCUUUUGGGGAAUAUCCCUGGGGCUUGCACCGAGAGGAAACGUAAUACCCUAAUAGUCCCCGUCAAGAAAGCUAUGGAUGAUCUGAUGAACAGUCGCAACAUGGUGGGGUGUCAAAAAUCACUGAAGCCGAACCUCCUGAGACGUAGCCAUCACUUCUACAUCCAAAGUCACAAGUUGGUGUUUGCCGUGUACCAUGUGACCUCGGUGCAAGGCACCAUGAAGUUUUGACUGCCACCAAACAGAUACCACAUACCUUGCCUCAACGAGGUCCUUUUGCUUUUCAGCGUGGCCCUGCAGCUCUGUCAGCAACUCAAGGAUAAGAAAUCUGUGUGUUCGCACCAGUACAAGGACUUCACAAUUGGCUCACGUCCAGCGUCAAGCUUCGCGUAA